UGAAAAAUCAUCUCCAUCUCUCUUUCACGUUCCCGAGAGCUUAGUGAGCCCUCUUGCAGUGCUCUCCACUUCGGUCAUCUCCCCCCUCCAAGCAUGCGCCAUCGCUUCUAUCUGCCUACAAUCGUCAGGGACCAAACCUUUCUCUCCUUCGUCCGCCAACGCCACCAUUCUCACCAUCAUCCAUACCUCACUCCAUCAUUACCAUCCCUUACCCCUAAGCAUGAGCCGGACCUUUCCUCAGACGCACCACCAGGUUCCUCUUCUGCUGCCUCGGAGAAGGAUAUUACUUCUGUUCUGUCACUAUUAAGAGAAGACUAUGUGGCUGUAAAGGAACAUAUAAAGGUCAUGGACUAUAAGCAAGUGUUGAAAAGAGCUGCGCAAAGACACAUGUAUAAGUGGUAUGCCAUCUUGAUAAUAGCAGGUACCCUGACCGCCCUGAUCACGGCUAAGCAUGAUGCGGUCGUCGACUUCUGUAGGCCUAUAACAGAGAAGAUCAGAAGCUGGCCGGCCGGAUGGCUGGUACCUAUUGCUAUUCUGGUUAUCGUUUCAUUCCCCCCUCUUGUAGGACAUGAAAUCAUUGGAAUUUUGUGUGGUCUAGUAUGGGGCUUGUGGGUUGGCUUUGCCAUACUUGCAGCUGGCACAUUCGUAGGAGAGAUCGCCACUUGGGUGGCCUUUAAGUGGUGCUGUCAGACCAGAGCUGCAAAAUUUGAGAAGAAGAACAGAUUAUACGCAGCCUUGACGCAGCUUAUUCGUGAAAAGAGCUUCAUGUUUGUUCUCAUUUUGCGAUUUAGUGCCGUCCCAGGCCAUAUAACAACAGCUGUAUCAGCGUCCGCCGGCGCAAACUUCUGGAGCUAUCUUCUUGCUGCUUUUCUCACUCUUCCAAAACAGUGGACGAUUGUCUACCUCGGAAAAGCCUUUGGAACAACUAACCGAACCAACACCAUCAUUUCUGUCCUCACGACAGUGCUUACCAUCCUUGCCACUGCUGUUGCUGCUGUGUACAUCUAUUAUCAAAUGCGACUCGUCAUGCGCCGAUGGACGUUGGCUUUACCGGCACAUGUGGAAAGCAGCAGCACAAGUAAUAUAACUUUGUCAGAAUGGGCGGAUGAAAAAGGCCAAGAUGGUUUAUACACUCGUCGUCGUUGGAUGGCUUCCAACGGCAGCGACGAGUAUGUCAAUAGGUGUGAGGGCCGUACGUUGACCAGAUCCUGGAGCAUGCCAGAACAUAUGAGCGAGGAGGAGCUGAAGGAGUGGGUGAAGAGUUUAGAAAAUGAGGAGUAUGCCUCAAGUGCGUCCGCCCAGCUGAGCGCGGAAACAGGGGAUGACAGUGCAUCCGAAAGCGCCGCAAACAUAAAAAUUAAUAUUCAGAUGGAGCUGGGCUCCCUUCUUCCCACUUCCUGGCCGCCAGUUACACCCAGGUUUCCUGAGCCUUCGAAUAAUGUAAUGAAAAGUCCAGGUUUAGGGAUCCCUCAAAGUGUAUCUCGGGAUUCCAACUGCUCUUCUCCUUCACCCCCUCUUCUGGAGCUCGACAAUGCUUAUACACCUACUCUGGCUAGCCGUCGACCAUCGUAUUCUCGGAGAAUACCCUCCAGUUCCUCCAUAUCUUUCGAUGUCCCCUGUACAAUUCCUGGGACGACAUGUCCACAUCGAGUGGGGGGACGUGAGGUCGCGGACGAAGCCGAUGCUUACGCCAUCGCACACGGCGCUCGUCGACCCGAAUUUCGACGCAUGCGAGGUGACUCUCGUGCUGCUCUGUUGGGUCGGCCGGUGGAUGACGCAGCACUUCAUCAGUGUGGUUCCAGUUGGAGAAGGGAAUACUCACACUCCUAUGGGCGGUCGCGCGGAAGCAGUAAUGCCACUCUGUCGAGGAGCGAUAUUGAUGAGCUGGGGCGUGCGAGGGGUGAUUCAGUUAGCACUGCUGGGACAGGAUACUCCUACGGCCCACCAACAUUAGCUGAUCUAGGAGUGGUAAGAGGAGAAGGUGGGUAUGUCAGGAUGGAUCAACCUCAGAGAGGCAAAGGCGAAAGUUCCGCUGCGGUACUCGGCGGGCUGAUAGACGAGGGGCUUAGAACUGAGAUUUCGAGGGAUAGGAAUGAUAUGGAGUCAUAUCAGAGGGAAGGAUCAACGAUAUUGAAAGGAAACGAAGGAAAAAACCAAUUAGGUGAUGAGAACGUCUGACUUUAGAGUGUCACAGAAUAUCUUACAUUAGGUCAAGGCUUUUUUUAUCUUCUUGCUGUGGGUACGUAUGUUUGUUUGUUUGUCAAUAUAGCAUACGUUUUCGUCCACGCAUUAUCAUUAGUCUUUUCUAUUUCCGUUUCUUCAGUUGUGCUGCGGUCAUUUCUGGUUUUCAUCUGCGCUAGAUCAUUUGUAGACAAUGUCAAUGUAGAGUUUCGAAUGCCUGCCAAUUUAUUUGUUUGACACAUUCCCC